AUGUCGUUCGGUCCCAAGGCGCGUCUUGGAAGGUUGGUGGCACACGUCACGGCAGCGCCACUCGGGCUAACCCUCCCAGACGAGGGCGGGUUGCCCCAAGAAGCGCUGGAGAUCCUUCAGGCCCUUGACAGAUUGAAGAGCGGGCUCUUCCAGGCAGACAGCCAAGCCACGGAGCAAGGGACGAUCUCGGAGGGCACAUUCAGUCAGCUUGUCCAUCUCUUCGCACAGUUUCGUCGCGUCAUGAACAACAACAUUGGCGACCGCGCAGUUCUUCCAAAGGAGGACAGGAAGGCAGUGGGCCGUUACAUCCAAAGGGAGCUCCUCCCCAUCAUCGCACUGGCCCCUCUCCCCAACCGCAUGUACACCAAACCUUGUGGUUAUGCGGGGGACUAUCUGACGAUAAAGAUGAUGUACGACCACCGCAAUCCGGAGUUCCAUGGCGAAGGCAACCUGGGCCCCAUCCUACAUGAACUCUUUAUCAAGGUCCCAGCUUUUCAGGCUGUCUGCAAUCGCCGUGGGCUCCUGGCAAACGAGGUCGCCGAAACCAUCGCUGCCGCGGCGUCCGAAGGCAGGGCUGCACAGAUCACGAGCCUGGCCUGCGGCCCUGCCCAAGAGAUCUUCGACAUCUACGAGACCUUACCAGAUCCCGCCUCGCUCCAAACGUCGCUUUUGGACAUCGACAAGCGUGCCCUGGAGCUGAUCGCCGCCGCAGCGGAGGAGCGCCGUCUCACGGAACACCUCCGGCUUCGGAAGGCAAACUUGAUCCACCUGGCCCUGGGCCGUCGCAGCGUGGACGUACAAGAGCAGGACCUGGUCUAUACGAUUGGCCUCAUCGACUACUUCGACGAUGACAUGGUUGUGAAGCUCCUCUCUCUGGCGCACGACAUGCUCCGGCCGGGUGGGCGAGUGAUCGUGGGAAAUUUCCACACAAGCAAUCCGGACAAGGCAUUUAUGGACUAUGUCAUGGAAUGGCCGCUCAUACAUCGCGAUGAGACCAAGAUGCAUGCCCUGUUCAAAGCCUCGAAGUUUGGGAAGCCGUGUGACCAGAUUCACUUCGAGGCGGCUGGUGUGAACCUCUUCGCCGAGUGCUCCAGGAGCUAA